GCAGCAGCCGCAGCAUGACGACGGAGCUCGCCGCCGGCGUCGCGACCGACAAGGGCCCGAAGCGAACCCAAGAGGACGCGUACUACAUUGGCGGCUACAAGGGCCGGCUCACGCUCAAUGGCUUUAGCGGCACGGGGCAGGUCCAAGAACUGGGUUGCUAUGGCAUUUUUGACGGCCAUGGCGGCGAGCGCGCGUCGCGCUACACCGCCGAGUACAUCUUCCCCAAGAUUCUGAGCCACAUGGAAGGCGCCGAGGCGAUCGGCCCGUUUGCGGCGAAAUGCACGAUCGAAGACGCCAUCAAGAAGGGGAUCCACGAGCUCGACGCCGACUUUUGCUCGCUCUCGAACCACUGCAAGACCCUCUCGCUCGGACACGGCGCCGUGCGCCAGCGCACGGUGGCCGGCAUCGAAGACGGCUCGACGUGCUUGGUCGCGAUUGUCCGCAACGGCGUCGUAUACGUCGGCAACGUUGGCGACUCGCGCGCCGUCCUCGUCAAGGAAUUCCCGAACGGCAAAAUCCACGCUCUGCCGCUCUCUCAAGACCACAAGCCAGAGGUGCCUGCCGAGCGCCAGCGCAUCGAAGCUGCCGGCGGCGAAGUCACGGGUCUUGUCUACGGCCAGCGGGCGCCCGAGUUUGCACUGAGCAUGUGGCCGUUCAACCGCGUCGUCGACGUGCCCCGCGUCAACGGCAUCCUCAGCAUGUCGCGUGCGAUCGGCGAUGCAUCCCUCAAGCCGAUCAUUUCGGCCGACGCCGACGUGACCGUUCACGUGCUCACGGCCGCCGACAAGUACUUGAUCCUCGCCUGCGACGGGCUCUGGGACGUGGUCUCGAACACCAAGGCAGCCAAGCUCGCGGCCAAGUGUGCGACGGCCGACGCCGCCGCCGCGACGCUCUGCAAGCACGCCAUCAGCCACGGGACGGAAGACAAUGUGACUGUUAUCGUCGUGGACCUCCGCGGCUGCUCGGCCGUACCCGAGAGCCCGGCCAACUCUGUCGUCGUGACCAACUCGCACUCGGUCGCGCUUGAUCCGCACGCGGUGGCGCAUGGCCCGCCCCGCACGCAGUCCUUGCCGCGCAUGAAGUAGUGUGCAUGGGAUUUCUCUUAUUUAACAAAGCUAUAAAA